AUGGCAGAGGUGGUGACAAAACGACUGCACAUCUCCGGACUCACGCCGUCCAUCACCUCCUCUGACAUCCACCGCAGGCUCUCCGCCUUCGGGUCAGUCACAUCCUUGGAUGGAUUCGGACAAUUAGAUGCACUGGGUGACCCGAGACCAUUUGCACAUGCCACGUUGGAGGGCAAGGAAAAGGAUAUUGCUAAAUGUAUGAAUGUGCUCAGUGGGUCCACAUGGAAGGGAACAAAAUUGCGUGUUGGAGAGGCAAAACUAGAUUAUCACCAGCGCAUCGCCUAUCUGAACUCCCUUUCACCUCCUCCACCUCGUACUCCCCGCUCAAAAAGACACCAGCUCGCCUUCCCAUCCACCACACUGCCACUCAAUGCACCUCUCUCCCGUAAUGAUGCAGCGAAAACACCAGGCUGGGUCGUUUUACCUUCUGGAAGGGUUGGAACUCGGGAAAAGACGGGUAAGAAGGCGAAGAAGAAACAGGUCCCGCCAUUACGGGCACAUAGACGCUUGAUCGACCCAACAAAAUGGGACUCGACCUAUCUGACAGGCACGUUUUUGGAAACGCUCGUCGUCCCCUCUGCUUCUUCUCUUCCUUUUAGGUCUGCAGCCCAGCCCACCAUUGAGCUACGCCCCACCGAGCUCGAGUCUGACGAAGAGGAAAGCAAUGGUGAAUAUGUCCCCUCUCAAAAUUUUUCCAACAUCAUCCUUGAAGGUCAACCACCUUCACAAACCACUCCCACUCCCACUGCCAACUUCUCCAACCCUAGCUUUGGCACAGACAUUAACAUCAACAUUCGCAAAGAAACAUCCGCUGCACUUACGCUCCUCAACACGAUAUUCGGAGAGACGGAUGAGUGGGGCGGACGCGAGAGUGUUGACGAAUUUGACGGUAUAGAUGAUGGUCCCGGUGAUCAUUCCACAAUGGUCGUUGAUGCUGGUGCGGGUGAAGUAGGUGAAGGCGAGAUUGAAGAGGUGCCUUGGCAUGCCUCCUCCAGGGAGGGGGACGCACGAAUAAAUCCAGUCGAUAAGGUGUCCAGCUACAAGAAACGAAGGGAAGGUAUCCAAAUGGGAGACUCGCACCUGACCACUGCUCAUCUACCCGCGACUGCUACUGGCACCAUAGUGACUUCGGAAGCGGACACUGCCAGUGCAACUGGACCGACGAAGAUGAAGUUGAAAGACUUGUUUGCGCCGAGAGAAGAAAAGCGUAAGUACCUCUUCCUCAUUGUUUGGUAG